AGACACCAUGUGGCGGUUGGUACUGGGUGUCUCUGUUGGCCUGCAGCUGUUGACAGGUAGGGAGCUCUCUCUCACAGGCAGGAUAUAUCUAAGGGCUUCCAUAUUUGCAAAAGGCAGGGUGAAAAGAAACCAGCUGCAUAGAAUAACCCUUUCAGGAGAGAUCUGCCAAGGUGGUUGGCAAUGAGACAGAAAAAAUGCAUCCUACAAGCAAUAUGGAAAUUGCAACAGGGAAGAGAAAUUAGGAAGAGAGAGAAUACCGGGAGAGAUUUGAUGUAUGAGAGAGAUAAGUACAAAAAAUAAGUUAUCUGCCUUGGGAGAAGAGGAGGUAGUUCAGACAUAGAAGAGUCUUUUUUUAAAAAAAGAUUUUUAUUGAUACAACAAGGGGAAAAAAAACCACAAGUACCAAAUUACACACAAGAAUAACCAUAGACACAUAAUUUUCUUAGCAAACAAUAAAACAUAUAUUGGUCUUAAGACUAAAGACCCGACCUCCCGUCUAUUCCAUAUUUCAAUUUCAUAUUACUUAUUGCCAAUACACACUUUUUAUCAUAAUUAAACUUAUUCUUAAUAAAUCUAAUUUCUUAUAUCUAUCUUGCAACUAUUACUGAAGUUCCUCAAAUGCUGCAACAGAAUUUAAACUACUAUAUUUAUUUUUCAGAUAUUCUUUGACAACCUCCCAUUUUGAAACAAAUUCCUGUUUUGAUUUAUUCUUUAUUUUUUCUGAUAGACCAUCUAAUUUGGCAUAUUCUGUCAGCUUUUGGAUCCAAUCUUGUAUAGAGGGGAUUUCAUUACUCUUCCAUUUUGCUGCGAUCAAAACUCUUGCCGCCACCGUCUAGCGCAGCCUUGAUUCCUAAUGGCCAGGGUACCAGGGAAAGGGAGUUUACCACCAAUCUGGUCUCUAGGUUCACUCUGUGUCUUUCCUGAGGAAAAGAAGCUCAGCAGUGCAAUGUGGAGUGGGAAAUAUUGAGGAGGGGGUGCGUAGGAGAACUAGAAAGAAAGGGGUAAGGGAGUGGACUGGGAAGAGCUGGGACUAUGGGAUGGAACCUUCACCACAAGCUUUUUCUGAUGAAGUAUAAGCAAAUAGUUAGCACAAAAGUUGGACGGAACUAAAGAACGAAAAAGAAAGCAAAAACAACGGGAAAGCAGGAGGGGAAAUGUGGAGCCGAACUGUGACAUGCACUCUCUCUUAUUAUGGGCCUUUCUUCGUUUCUCUGGUGUUUUGCAGGUCUCUGCAGUGGGAUCAAUGUGAUACAGGAGGAUCGCUUCCAAAUCAUCCGGGAAGGGAGCAAAACAAUCAUAGACUGCAAGCAUGAUGACUCGUCCUACUUAUAUGUUUUUUGGUACCGGCAGAAGAGCAACAGUGUGCAGAAGCAGCUGCAACUCAUUGGAUUUUCUAUACAUGGGAAUGACCCAGAGAUGGAGAUGACCCAAUACAGCAUAGACAGACCAGAAGUGACUCGUGCCUCCUUGUCCAUCCCUAGGGGACAAGCUGAAGACACAGCAGUGUAUUUCUGUGCAGCUAGUAAAGGCACAGCGAGAGUUCUCUGCGUCACAGCUGCACAUGAACAUCGCAGCUCUGCCCACACUCCCACCUAG